AGGCCCAUAAAAAAACAAACAGAGAGCAGGUACUUAGAGAAACGUGACUCUCCUCUUAGUGGACUCCUCUGCUCUUCCAAACCUCUCUCUUUCUGCUCCCCUCUUUUAUUUGUGACUCCUUUUCUCCAAAAUGGCCACAUCCAUGCGUAGCUCUAAAAUUGUGAGGACCAGCUAUGGGACUGGUGGGAGCGGUAGCAGCCUUGGAGGUGAUUUUGUCGUGGGUGGCGGUCUUGGUGGUGGCAGACGUGGCUUCUCCUCACAAUCUGCAGUUGUGUAUAGGUCAGUCCCAGUGGCAUCGUCAAGUGCCUCUAUGUUUAGGUCAAGCAUCGGUGGUGGAAGUGCCGGUGGUGGAGGUUAUGGCUUUGCUGCUAACGCUGGUGGAGGUUAUGGCUUUGGUGCUGGAAGUGGAGGUUUUGGGUAUGGUAGUGGUAGAAGUUAUGCGAUAGGUGGAAAUUUUGGUUCUGGAGGAAUGGCGUUGCCUCCUAUUACAAACGUCCAAGUCAACCCGGGUCUGCUGACCCCAUUGGACAUUAAGAUUGAUCCCAACAUCCAUGUGGUCCGUUCGCAAGAGAAAGACCAGAUCAAGGGUCUAAACAACCGCUUUGCCAACUUCAUUGAGAAGGUGCGCUUCCUGGAGCAGCAGAACAAAAUGUUGGACACCAAAUGGAAUCUUCUGCAGGAGCAGACCGCAACCCACUCCAAUAUGGAUGCCAUGUUCGAGGCCUACAUUUCCAACCUGCGGAGACAGCUGGAUGGACUUGGCAACGAGAAGAUUCAACUGGAGGGAGAGCUAAAGACCAUGCAGGGCCUGGUGGAGGACUUCAAGAACAAAUAUGAGGAUGAAAUCAACAAGCGUGCUGCAGUGGAGAAUGAAUUUGUUCUCCUUAAGAAGGAUGUUGAUGGUGCCUACAUGAAUAAGCUUGAGCUUGAGGCAAGGGUUGAUUCUCUUCAGGAUGAGAUUAACUUCUUCAGAGCGGUCUACGACGCAGAGCUGCGUGAGCUCCAGAGCCAGAUCAAGGACACUUCAGUUAUUGUGGAGAUGGACAAUAGCCGGCAAUUGGACAUGGACGCCGUCAUAGCAGAGGUGAAGGCUCAAUAUGAGGACAUCGCCAACCAAAGCCGUCAAAGCACAGAAGAGUGGUAUCAGCAGAAGUAUAAGGACAUGGAGGCAUCUGCGGGCCAGUAUGGAGAUGACCUUCGCACCACCAAGAACGAAAUUGCGGACCUCAACCGUAUGAUUAGUCGCCUCCAGAAUGAGAUUGAUGCAGUCAAGGCACAGCGUGUCAACCUGGAGACUCAGAUCGCCGAGGCCGAGGAUCGUGGUGAGCUGGCUGUCAGGGACGCCAAGACCCGCAUCAAGGAUUUGGAGGACGCCCUACAGAAAGCCAAGCAGGACAUGGCCCGCCAGAUCCAUGAGUAUCAGGAAGUCAUGAACCUCAAACUGACUCUUGACAUUGAGAUCGCCACCUACAAGAAACUGCUGGAGGGCGAGGAGGAAAGGCUUGGCAAUACAUGUGCAACCGUCCACAUACAGUCGUCCUCUUCAUCUGGCGGCGGCUCUGGUGCUGGUUCAGGAGGCGGAAUGGGAAUGGGAAUGGGAACGGGAAUAGGAAUGGGAACAGGAGUAGGAAUGGGUGGAGGCUACGGCAGCAUGACCCGCGUGAGCAGCAGCGGUGGUGGUGGCGGCAGCACAAGGAUGACAUCAAGAACCAGCAUUAGCUCUCGCCGUUUAUAACAGCCCUCCUGGGCCCAUUUUGUCUCUUCCUGUCUAUCAUCAGGCCACUGCUCGAAAAACCUUCCUUACCUUCCAUAUAUCAAGCAUUUACUGUUCUCUUUACUUCUAUGGUUCUAUGGUUUGAGGAGCACACACACUCAGAGUCGGAGGGUCCAUCAAAAUCCGAGUAGAGGCAGACCCAUUAUCAGAGCACAAACAAAAAGCAGAGCAUAUUCUGUACCGAGCCAGUCCUCUCUUGUGCUUGUGGCUGUCGAUGAAGUGCUAGACAUCCUGCCCUAUUAGACAAGCGCAUACUUGUAGUUGCAUGACAGAGAAUCCCAGCAAGGCAACUCAUCGGUGCACGCUAACAUGUUAGGCAGAGGGGGAGGUCCAGAUGUCUUAUAUUUACAAUGAGAAAAUCUAUUACAUGGUCCUCUUUUCUGCAGUUUUGCAUCUGUUUGUGCGUAUGAAGCAACCACACAUCAUAAAUUACUUUCACACGAUCUGUCUGAGAGUGAGUCAGCUCGACAGCAGACAAAUGGUGUGUUCAUUUUGCAUCACUUCCGCUUUACUCUGAAUGGAAAAAAAUAAUAACACUCUGACUCGCACAACCAAGUUGUUCUCCACUAAGCCUGGAAUAAAACUGAUUGAAUCUGG